AUGGGAAGCGAAUUGGACUUGUUUAUACUGACGGGGUUGCCGGCCACUGUCGUAGCUGUGAUUUUGGCUUCAGCUAUUGCCGUGCUAUACUCUAAGAAAUCAGCAUCCUUCGAAAAUUCCAUACAAGAGUGGAAGUUUCCCCACGUCACUGUGGAAAACGGCAAUGUUAUCGCUGCCAUCACACAAGGAACCACGGCGUACCCCGACGAGCCGUUUGUUCUUGCCACGGAACAGCCCAAGAUCAUACUUCCUAAUCGCUUUCUGAACGAGCUCAAACCCCUGUCGCAAGAUGUCCUCUCUUUGCGCAGGGAGGUCUACGACAAGAUGCACGGCAGGUACACCACCCUGGGGACCGACCAUCCCAUUGGAAUCCAAGCCAUCCGAACCGACUUGACCGCGAAUAUUGGUCGAAUGCUGCCGGAGCUGCAAGAAGAGUCGGCGUAUGCCCUGGAGCGGGAAUUCGGCCGCAUCUCAACAUGGACGCAGAUGGGCGUCUACGACAAGCUUCUGCAGCUCAGUGCUUUGGUGAAUGGACGCAUGUUUGUCGGUCUUCCCCUGUCUCGCGACCAGGACUGGAUCGACAUCUCCAUCGGAUAUACUAUGGCCAUGGUGCAAGGAAUCCGAGCGAUUCAGCGAACCAAGCCACUCCUCCGUCCCUUCCUCGUCCCUUUCUUACCAGAGAUGAAAGCGCUCAGAGACCUCCAGAGUCGUGCAGCCAAGAUUCUGAGGCCGCACUAUGAGUUCAUUAUCGGUACUCACCAAGGAGCUGACACAGAAAAGAAACCGGCCAGGAACCAGUAUAACCUCAUCUCCUGGAUGCUGAAGCAGAUGGACCUCCAGCGGACGGGUACAGACUUUGACCAUUUGGUGCACGAGCAACUCUUUGCCGUCGCCUGGGGACGCCGCGUAGUCGCCAAAGACGGCAUCAAGUUGUCCAACGGCCAGACAAUGCCGCCAAAUGCCACCAUCGGCUUUGUGCACCCCCUCGCACCAUAUGUAAAAACCCCAGCAACCCUCAAGUCGCCUCUCGACUAUGACCCUAAUCAACCGCCGCUCAGCGAAUUUUAUCCGUUUCGCUCCUACGAGCUGCGCCGCCUACCGGGCCAAGAAAAUGCGCACCAGUUCACCCAGACCGGCAACGACAACCUCAACUUUGGGCAUGGCACCAUGUCCUGUCCGGGACGGUUCUUUGCGUCUGCAGAAGCGAAAUGUAUCUUGAUUGAGUUCUUGAGGCGGUACACUGUUGCGCUUGGUCCCGGCGGCGAGGGUGAAGGCGGGAUAAAUGACCUGAAGCGGCCGAAAAACAUCGUGAUCCCGGGCAACAUGCAGGUGGUGCCCAACUUUACUCAGCCCAUUUACUUGAAGGAGCUUCCUGAAGUACUGCCUGCCGCUAGAGAUGGUGCCACUUAG